GGAUGGACCCCGAGUGGCACCCAGAGGUGACCCCGAAGGUGACAGCGGAGAUGGCCCCAGCGUCCCCAAAGGGGUCCUCAAGGAUGUCCCCGAUGUCCCCAAAGGGGUCUUCAGAUGCGUCCCCAAAGGGGUCCUCAAGGAUGUCCCCAAAUGGGCGCUGGGAGGUGACCCCGAUGUCCCCGGAGGGGUCCCCAGAGGUGGUCCCGGAGAUGUCCCCAGUGUCCCCAGAGAGGCCCUUGGAAAUGUCCCCAGCGUCCCCAAAGGGGUCCUCGGAGGUGGCCCCAGAGGUGUCCCCAGAGAGGUGUCCGAUGUCCCCAAAUGGGUCCUCGGAAGCGACCCCAAUGUCCCCAAAGGGGCCCCCAAAGGUGGUCCCGGAGAUGUCCCACGUGUCCCCAAAGGGCUCCUCGGAUGUGUCCCCAAAUGGGACCUCAGAGAGGCACCCAACGUCCCCAGAGCGCUCCUUGGGUGCCCCCCCGAUGUCCCCACCCGGGUCCCCGAAGGUGGCCCUGGGGACGUCCCCAAAAGGGUCCUCGGAUUUGUCCCCGAUGUCCCCAAAGGGGCCCUCGGAAAUGUCCCCAAAUGGGUCCUCAGAUGUGGCCCAGAUGUCCCCAAAGGGCUCCUCGGGGAUGUCCCCGAUGUCCCCAAAGGGGUCCUCAGAGGUGGCCCCAAAUGGGUCCUCGAAAAUGUCCCCGAUGUCCCCAAAGGGGUCCUUGGAGAUGUCCCCAAACGAUUCCUGGAUGUCCCCCAAGGGGUCUUCGGAAAUGUCCCCAAAGGGGUCCUCAGAA